AAUUCUCUUAAAUCUAUUGUUAGACGGGUUUGAGCGAGGCUCCCCCGCCCCGACUUGGCUGGAAAUUUUCCUACUGGUGGCAACCAACAGCCCCUUGGCGCUCAGCCCUUAAACCGUUCAAAUCGCUCCUCAACUCCAUCUCACACUCCCAACCAAAAAAAAAACUCCCUUCGCAUAGAAUCAAAGAGAAAAAAUGGCAGGACGCAACCAUCUCCAACUCCGCGAAAUCCCUUUAUCCCGAGUCGCCCCCCUUCCUCGCUCGACCACCAACCCACGCCACCUCCGCACCCGACCUCACCACCACCUCCUCGAAGACCGAAUAUCAACCCAACACCGUGAGAUCCAAUCCCUUCUUUUAGACAACCAACGGCACGCUGCCACACACGUUGCAUUAAAACAAGAAGUCUCUCUGUCACAACAAGACCUUCGUCACUUAUCAACACUUGCUGCUGAUGUUAAAGCCGAGAGAGAUAAUCAAAUUCGUGAAGUCUAUCAAAGAUCGUUGAAAUUGGACGCCGAGUUACGGUCUAUUGAUGCUAUGAGUGCUGAACUUGUUCGGGUAAGAACGGAUGUACAGAAACUUACUGUGCAACGGCAGGAUAUGACUGCACAAUUGAAGGAGAUGAAUAGUGAAAUUGUUAAGGCUAAAACGGAUACGCAGCAGGUGGGUGUUAUUAAAGAGGAGAUUGAAACUGUACAGCAAGAGAUUCAAAGAGGAAGGUCUGCUAUUGAAUAUGAGAAGAAAACACGGGCAUUUAAUCUUGAGCAAGAAAAGGUGUUGGAGAAAAAUAGGAUUCUUUUGGUUCGAGAAAUUGAGAAACUUCGCACUGAGUUGGCCAAUGCAGAGAAAAGAGCAAGGGCGGCAGCCGCGGCAGGGAACCCAAGUCCUGGAUACGGUAGAAACUAUGGCAGCGCUGAAGUGAGAUAUGGAGGAAGUUCAUAUCCUGAUCCUAAUGGCCUGCAGCAGGUUCAGAUUGGUGGUAGUGAUUCUGUUCCUACAUUUUCAUCUGGAGCAAUGUCUAAUGGCCACCAUGACACUGCACAUAGAUGAGUUUCUUUCACCAUGACAGCCAAAAUCUUAAAAUCUUGAUAUUGUUUCCUGUGGGAACGUUACAAAUUCUUUAGGAAAUUUUUUGCUUUCACGGGUACAGAUGUUGUGCCUUCCAAAAAUUUGCCUUGUUUUAUGGCUUUUUUAGCCGGAUCCCUUCUUAGUUUUUUUUCUAUCUGGAGAAUGCCUCGUCAUGCCAUGAAUGAUAGGUUAACAGGGUCGCUUUACCUGGCCACUGGAAGCUGUUUUAAUUUUAUUUUUUUUAUCAGUUUGUUCCCUCACCAGCAUUUUACAUGUAACUGUUGUGAACCACUUUGUAAACAGGUGAAGAAAAGUAGCUCUGUGAAGCGAUACAUGUACAGAAACUAUUUGGACAAGCAUUGUCGCUCUUUUCUGUAUCAACGAAGAAAGAAGGGAACAAGGAAUCGUAGCUGAUUCAUUUCCUUUGUUUAUUUCCUUGAACUUGCUUGAAAGUUGUAGCUGACGAUGGGCUGUCAAUAGUGAAGUGAUUCGUAAUUUUGAGUUAA